CACUGAAGCUUCAGAGAAAGAGGCACCACACGCUGUCGUGACUCGUAAGCGACAAAACGCUCGUGUGAAUCCAAAUCAAUCCGUCUCUAAUCUCCGCGAUCAAAAUUUCCCAAAUCUGAGAGAGGCUGAAGCAAAUCGCUAAUCGGAAACCAAAAGCAAAGAAAAUGGCGUCAUCCACGUUCAGCGGCGACGAAACGGCUCCAUUCUUCGGCUUCCUCGGCGCGGCGGCCGCCCUAGUUUUCUCCUGUAUGGGAGCGGCGUACGGGACGGCGAAGAGCGGCGUGGGCGUGGCGUCGAUGGGGGUAAUGAGGCCGGAGCUAGUCAUGAAAUCGAUUGUUCCGGUGGUUAUGGCGGGAGUGUUGGGUAUCUAUGGUUUGAUCAUUGCUGUGAUUAUCAGCACGGGGAUUAACCCAAAGGCCAAAUCUUAUUACCUUUUCGAUGGCUAUGCCCACCUCUCCUCAGGCCUCGCUUGCGGCCUCGCCGGACUUUCCGCCGGCAUGGCCAUCGGAAUCGUCGGCGAUGCCGGUGUUAGGGCGAAUGCGCAACAGCCAAAGCUUUUUGUUGGAAUGAUUCUCAUUCUCAUCUUUGCUGAAGCUUUGGCUUUGUACGGUCUCAUUGUCGGCAUCAUCCUUUCAUCCCGAUCCGGACAAUCCAGAGCAGAUUAGAGAUGGCAUUCUUGCCAGCUUCGAAUGUGAAUGUUGUUGGCAUCUCAGUUACUCACAGGUUGGUGAUGCUCAUUCGCAGUGUGCAGUGUUGUGUCAAGUUAUUGGUCUUGCAUAGGAAGAUCCUUUUUCCGAUUGUAGAAUUUGAAGUGAAUUGUCUUUGAAAUAAAGUUUUUUUAGCUGGUUGUUCACCUGCUCCUUUUUCUACA